AUGGUUGGGGACUUUGCCUAUAUGGAAGCAAUGAAAAAUUGCCAGAAAUGGAACAGUCGAGCUGUUGUGCCGAGACUGAAAGGGAACAGAGGUGUAUACGACAACAAUACUAAUGUUAUGCAGCGACCAACUACUGCUUUGUACAGAAGAAAAGAAGAACGGUGUAAACCAUCAAAUCCGACCCAGGUAAGAGUUUUUUUGCUGUUUGUAUUUUAGGUAAUACUUUCAUCAAUAUAUUCAACCGUUAUUUUUGCGAACACUGAGGGUACGCAUAAUACAUUAAGGUUUAUUAGAAUGAAUCAAGGCUUUCUUUUUAGUUUUGCACAUAUCCGGCUGUCCGUUAUCGCCGAAGCAAGCAGAUCUCAUCAGAAGCUUGUGAACACAAGUACUUUCUAACCUCAAACCCGGCUCUCAGAGACACCGUGGACCAGAUUCUGAAUCCUAACGGAAUUGGAAGCAACGAGAACUCAGAACAAUCGACAACAGUAUUAAGAAGCAGCACAGUUAAUGGAUCGGCUAAGCCAGCUUUUGUAAGUUUGAAUACGUAUUUAUUAUUACAAAUUUCUGUCUUUAACAGUGUAAACCAAGAAUAUUUUCAGGAAACGUUUGAAUUAGACCAGUUUGACUACGAUUUUGAAGAAAAUGAUAAUGAUCCAUCCGAUGAAGAUGAUUGGGGAUCAAGCCGAAGAAGAGGAGGGAAACGUAAAGCUGCGUCAGGUCAGACACCGACAGCUAGGCCGAAUAACCGGCGGAGUAAUGCGGGAGGUGGCGAAGGUCGAGGCGGCGGCGGUGGUGGAAGUGCAGCUAGGCCUCGACCUGUGCCUGAAGAUGUCAGCAAUGCUGAAGUUCGACCGUUCGCCUGUCAACGUAUGUUUUGACACUGGUUUAAUGAUAUACACAGUUAAAGCUCGGUGAUUUUUACUUUUUAUUUUGUUUUUAUAUAACAUUUCUAAUAAUAUGUUUUUACUUAAUAAUGAUGGUUUAUCUACUAUAAUAUACAAAGUAAUAUAACGAAGUUUCUCUUUAAAUUGUUUUUUUGUGUUAAUAAAGUAAAAAAAAAAAUUACUGUUUGAUAAUGUACUUAAUAUGUUGUACUAAAAUCAAUGUUUUUGUAGAUUGUGGAGCUCGAUACAAAUCUCGUCCCGGCCUAACUUACCAUCGUCUGCACGUGCACAAGGAUGAACAACUGAUGGCCGAAAUGCCAAAAAGUCCGAGUAGUUCGUCUUUAGUCUCUACUUUCCAAGCUCCAGAAUCUGUCUCCAAUGGGCAGGGUGACGCCGCACAAAACGGGGAGGUCGUUAAAGGUUAAUUCAGUAAAAUUAGGUUAUAAAGUUAAAAUUUUUAUGAAAAUUUAUGGUUUUGGGGUUUAUGAGAUGUAAAAACAAAAGCACAUUAGUUAGAUUAAUCUUGGGGUAUUUUGAACGUUUUUUUUACCUAAACAUAUGAUUUUGGCAUUUAAAAUUAUAUAUUUUUAUGUCUAAAAGUAUAUUUUAGAGGUACCUUCAUGCGGUGUCAUUAUGUCAAGCUUUUUUCUUGCAUUUCGGCUUCUAAACCAGUAUUUUUGUGCGUUUAACGCUUCAGUAUUAUAUGUAAAAUUAGGAUUUUAAACUUAUUUGUAGGUGUUUUACUUUGUUGGGUAGUUAGGCGAUUUUUAAUUUUUAGGACUUGUUAUUUAAAGGGUGCCUUUAGUUUUUUUUUAGUAUCGGGUAUUAACUAGUUCACAGCUAUGUUACACUGCCGCAACACUUUAACUUACGAAUGCAUGGUUGAUUCAAGAACACAUUAUGGUUACUCUAAGAAGUUUUUUUUAAAUUUUUUGCUAAAUUGGGUCAGUUUUUGUUGUAUCAAGAUAAUUUAAGUAUAAGUUCACUUCAUACAUGGUACUUAAGAUUUACAUUUUAAUUGCUAAAAGCUUUUAAUUGCUUGGUUAAUGUAAGCGGUUACUAAAUAAUAAGUUUUUCAAAUUUGGUGUAUUAAAAAGCGGCACUUGAUAGUCAAACUGCUAAAAACAGAAGCUUUUAUGUUUUUUAUUAGUAAAAUAGGGGUAAAGUAAUAUUUAUGCUUUGGAAUUAAAGUUUCUUCUUACUUCUUGAUGUUGAUCUUGUUGUCUCUUACCACUCUAUUUUGUGUUUGAUUUAAAAGCGAAGACGGAUAAACAUUAGCCUCUUUAUAAGCAGGACAUUUUUGUUUUACUCAAAUUGAAUUUGACUGGUGAACUGGACUGGAUUCUGAAGGCUGAGCCAAAAACUCGACCACGCUGGAGCUUAUAAAUAGGUCAAUUUUUGUUCGGCUUCGUUUUUUACCCCGCGGACAUGAAAUUUGUGUUUUUGAAGCAUUGUCUUUUACGAUGUUUCCUGAGGGCUCACUUCCGGGUUCCUCACUUUCGAAAUCUUGAAACUGUUUCCAAUUGUAACUGUGUCACUUUCAGUGCUCAACAACACGGAAGGAGUUUCGAAUUCGUGUGAUCUGUGUUUGGGAACGCGAGAGUUGAACAAGAAGUCCAACGUCCCUGAGGAGUUGGUCAGUUGUCAUGAUUGUGGACGUUCGGGUGAGUUGUGGUGAUGUCAGAGAUUAUAUUGAGGUAGAUUUGUACCAAGUUUGGUUGGAAUAUAAAUUUUGAAAUUAUUUUAGAAGGUAUGAUACUAGUUAUGACAUUAUAGUAGGAGAGAAUGAGUAUUAUUGGGAUUUUUACUCUACUGUGAUAUGAAUUUGUAAUAUAUUUAAAGUACAAAAAGUUGAUAAGUUUUUUUAUUCAAAGCUACAUUCUGUAAGAAAAGUUAUUGCCAGCGGGCGAUUAAUCUUGCGCCAAACGAAACGAUACCCAAGCUAUUCAUGGAUGUAUCGGAGCUUGGCAAGCGUGGUCACGGGAGGGUCACUCGCGUCCCCGAAGUAAUCAUUUAUGUCGUUUCAGCUCAUCCAUCUUGUGUUAACUUCACCCCGAACAUGUUGGUCACUACGAAGAAGUACGGCUGGCAAUGUAUCGAAUGCAAAAGUUGCACCUUCUGUGGCACUUCUGAGGACGAUGUAAGUUCUUUUAAUGAUUUUGCUACUUGGGGAUAGUAAGGAAAACUCAGGUUGCCAAUCAAAUUCAAGUAUGGUAAUGCCACAAACAGCAUGAAAUGGUCUCCAAAGCGUAUGUUAUAGUAGCCAUUCAGUGUUUGUCCUAGGGGAACGUCUUUAAAAUAACAUGAGUGACCCCAAACAAGUUGACAGGAUUUAUGGUUCAAUGGCCAAAUUACUCUAGAGACGCUAAAUAAUCAGUACUUUUGAACUGGAAAAAAUAUCUGAACGGAGGUACUAUAACUUUCAGUAAACAAAAAAUUUUUAAAAUACGUGUAACUUUAUAAGGAACUUCAUGCAGUUGCAACUAUAUACAGUUGUAAGUAGAAGGGUUUUAAGAACGUCAACAAGAAUAUGGAACGUUGAAAAACAUAAACAAAGUUAAGGUUUAUAAUUGUCAGUAGGAACAAUUUAGCUAAUAGAAUUAGAGAAGGCGACGUUUUAAUUAAAUUUACAGUUUUUAUAAGAAUAUUACUAAUUCUGAGGCUUAAAUUGGUUUAAAACAUAUUAUUGUACUAUUAACUUUACUAUUGUUAAAAGUUAUUGUUGCAACUUUUGGGAAUUUUAGUAAUUUUUGCCUAAAAUUAUAUAAUUUGGUUUUUAAACCAAAAAAUUAAAACUUAUUUUUUGUAAAUUGUUGGUCUAACAUGAUAGUUGAGCAAGGAAGAGCGCGACAAGUUAGCCAGUUUUCAAUUUCGCCCGAAGUUUUAUUAUAGCUUCGAAAGGCGAAAUUUUUGUUUAUUCUCUAUUCAAAUUAGCAAAAUUACGUUUUUAAGGCUACUCUGGGCUUAAUUGGACGCUUAUUGCUUACAUUAUGUUAUACACCAUAAUUCAAGUUCAGUUAUUGUACCUGCUAUAAGUUUUAGUCUAGUGAAUCUGUAAGGACGUUUAGAUAACAUAGUUAACAGUACUUCACAGCGCUUUGUUUUGUGCUUAUGAAAGGAUAAUGAACACAACAUGAUAUGUUUUAUAAAAUGAUAAGAAAAAAUGACUAACAUAAUAUAAACUAUGUGUAUGAUGAAGACAUAUUUCUUGACACUAUGUUUUACUGUGCAUGAAACGCCCGCAAAUUCGCCCGUGUUUUGCAUAAUUUUGUUGUUUGUUCGUACACAAUAUUUUAUGAAAAUCAGAGCGAUAUGAACAACAACAAGUACACGGCGAAAGGAAACGCUAUAUUUACAUGUUAUUGUAUAUAGGUAGGAAAACACAUUCGACUUUAUAACGGGUUGAACAGCGGUAAUAUGCAGUUGGAGGGAGGGGAGAGUGACGCCUAAUGUUCUCAUAGUAGGGAAUGUUUGGGUAUAAAUAUGUUUCUGGCGGAUUGAAUAGGUACGGGUAUAAAUGAGGUUAAGGUGAAUAUUAUGAACUAUGGCCAAGGUGAAUAUGAGGCUUUAUGGGUGAUAUAAAUCUAUUUGUUAAGUUUUGAAGUUUGGGCAUAUUUGUAAAUUAUGAUUGAAAUUGAAGGAUGUCCUGGAUAUAUUCCAGAUAUUGUUGAUCUAUUAUCUGGUGUGUAAAUCAAAGUUUAGUAGAAUAAUAUUGGUCCUUGCUGUUCUUCCAAUCAAUUAGUGGUAGGGAAUGAUUGACAGUCUGAGGAGCCAUGAUUUAUCAUAGUUAAUCUUCGGCUCUGAAUUUAGAGUCACUAGAACAACAAUAAUUUUAAAUAUAACUCAAAAAUAACCUAUAGAUAACAAAUAUGAAUCUGUUCCAGGCCCAGCUGCUCUUCUGCGACGACUGUGACCGUGGCUUCCAUUUGUACUGUCUGAAGCCGCCUCUCAAACAGGCUCCAGAAGGCAAGUGGUCGUGUCAUCUGUGUCAAAGCGAGUUCGGCCCUCUGGCUUCGAUGCCGGCACGAUGA